CCCUUGGCCUACCUCUUAUAGCGCUUGGAUUUGUAGUCCUUGUCUUCAGCCCUGUCCCUUCGGCGUGACCGACUCCCGCCCGCCAUGGCAGAAUUGGGUCUCAAUGAUCACCAUCAAAAUGAAAUUAUCAAUUACAUGCGUUUUGCUCGUUCAAAAAGAGGCUUGCGUCUCAAGACUGUAGAUUCUUGCUUCCAGGACAUCAAGGAGAGCAGGCUGGUAGACGAGACCUUCACCAUGGAUGAAGUAUCAGAAGUUCUGAAUGAACUACAGGCUGUGGUUCAUAGUGAACUAGAGUCUGAGCUCAUUAAUACUUCCUGUACCAACGUGUUGCUUCUUCGGCAGCUAUUUUCACAGGCUGAGAAGUGGUAUCUUAAGCUACAGACAGACAUCUCGGAGCUGGAAAAUAGAGAAUUAUUAGAACAAGUUGCAGAAUUUGAAAAAGCAGAAUUUGCCUCUACAAAUAAAAAGUCUAAUUCAGAAAACAUGAAGCCAAGACUUGUUCCACUUAACGAAGGUGGAGCAGAGCUCCUUAACAAGGAAAUUAUAAGACUUCAGGAAGAGAAUGAGAAAUUGAAAGCAAGGCUAAAGACCAUAGAAUUUCAGGCUACAAGUGCAUUGGAUGAGAAAUCAAAACUAGAUCGAGCAUUAAGAGAUUUACAGAUUGCCCAGGGAGAUCAAAAGGAAAUUAUCAGAUCCAAGGAUAUUAGUGACUUGGAAAAUACAGUUGCAGCACUGAAGAAUGAGUUUCAGAAGACCCUGAAUGAUAAUACUGAAAACCAGAAGACUUUGGAGGAAAAUUUAAUGUCAACAAAGCAUGACUUACUUAAGGUUCAGGAACAAUUGAGUGUGGCUGAAAAGGAGCUGGAGAAGAAGUUCCAGCAGACAGCAGCGUACCGCAGCCUGAGGGACAUUCUUACAAAGAAGAAUGAGCAAAUUAAAGACCUCAGGAAAAGGCUUGCAAAGUAUGAAACAGAAGAUUAAGAAAUGUGAAAGUCCUGUGAUGUGUCUGGAAACUGCCACAAAGUGACUAUGUAGACUUACAAUCUUCAGACGCGGACUUGAAUGGGCUUGGGCCCACUUUCCUCUUUUUCUAAUGUUAAAAUGAGUUGGAUCAUUUUUUUAUUUGUUUGGGGAGAUACGUGGGGAGGUAUUAGUGUUGAUUUUUGCUUUUCAAGUAAAAGAUUUCCUGUUUUCAUUUGUUUAAUUGGAAAGUGGACCACAUAGCGACUCUUGCUGCCUCUUGUCGCUGUGACAUCUGGAGUUUCUCUGCACCUCCAUAAUCUCUUCUGUACAUAGAAUUUCCUUUGCAAAUAGUGAGAGUUUUCUCUCAGUGUAGAGUCUGUCCUGGGAAAGGGAGGAAGAAUCUUGCCCUUUCAAUUUAAGUGUUAAAAAUUAUACCUUUUGUAUAACUGUUAAGGAAGCUGACAAUCUACCUAUAUGCAUUCCCCAGGGGAAAAAGAAAUAUAGGGAGUUAUUUCCAAAUAACUGAAUUUAUUUUUAUUAAAAGUUAAACUUGAUGCAUUGUAUGGACUUUUGUACCAAGAGUCUGUUCGUCAUUGGCAGUCUUACCCUAGACGGGCCAUCAUUUCCGUGAAUUAAUGAUAAGAGUCACAGUAGCAGCAGAGUCCAGUUAGUGCCUCCAAUGUCAUGAUAGAUUCUACACUCAGUUUAUUGGUGGAGUUGGAGAGAUUUUAGUAAGAUCCUUUUCAGCCUUUUUUUUUCCCAAAAGGAGGCAGCUCAGCUUCAUGCUCCCCCAGGUGCAGGUAGCAAUCUGGACUCAGAAUCGGAAAAUUAGUAAUUAUUAGAACGAAUACCAGGCUCAUUCGGAGUCUUUGGUGGUUAGCCUUUUCUCCUGCAUUGUGCACGUGUGUAAGAGAGCCUUUUUUGAGCCUGUAUUUCACCCAAACUGAGAAGGACAUAGGGCGCACACAGUCAGGAAUUGGGGAAUCUACUUCCAAUUCUUCCUCCUGUUGGGUGACUUUGCAAAGCUCAUUAGAUUGUGUGUGCACACAUUUCAUCAUCUGAAAAAGAAAAAAACACAAACCAGGAAUAGAACUGACCAUUUGUACAGCAAUGAAAUAAGGCCCAGGGAGCGUUUUUAUCUCAACAGAAAUCCAGUGUUGAACCCAAUUUUCUGAAUUCACCUGGUUAACCAUUCAGCAAGUUAAUUGGUCACAUUUUAAAAGCUCCUCAGGAAACAGGAUGUAUCACUGCCCAAAGAGAAGGGAAUUCUCUGCAAAAUGGCCCUUUUCUCCCAGAAAGAAACCAGCUUCCAAAAUGAGGCUUGUAAUCACUAUAUUAGGUUUCUCCAUAUUUGUGUCAUUUUAUUCUUCUUACAUGUUUCAAAAAUAUAAAAUUUCUAUAAAAAUUUUUAUUCUUUUUUUUUGAAGCCUGGAAUAAAGUUAGUUGAACUUUCCCCAGAAGAAUACAAAGAAAAUAUUAAGGGAUCUACAAAAGGGAAGAAAAAUUGAAAUUUGGGCGUCUUCUAUUACUUUCUCUGUGUUCUUUGGGACCCUUUUGUUGAACACUGAGCACACGCUUUUACAAUAUUGUCUUUCUAUGACCUGGGAACAACAUAUCAUUUCAAAGCAGUGCUCCUGGGCACUUGGGGAGCGAAUUCUUUUACAAGGAUGAUUGGGGUGUGAUUGGUUCUUUCUUGUCCAGUAAGAAGAGAAAGUUUCUGUGCAGGUACGUUCAUCUUUGUAUAGUUCCUCGGUAAUAAUUCAGCACUGCAUCACAUCGGUACGUGACGGUGAUAUGUUAACAGGUUAGCAAAACCCCUUCUGGACUCGCCAAUACAUCACACCCACAAGAUGAACUAAUUGGCUGUUACUUGGCAUAGAUCAACAUGCUGCCGCCGCUGCUUCAUAGCCAAAGUCGUCAUGAAGCCUUUUAAAAUAGCUACUAAUGGGCUUGUCACCAUUUCUGUAUUUAACAAGAGUUAGCAAAAUAAAAUGUAAAAUUCUCAUUUCUCUGUAAAUUUUAGUUUUCUAUGUGCUUCAUUUAACAAAGAAGAGUUCUGUUGCUAUUUUUUCUUUUAGGUCUCUGUUUUCCACUUUUUUGAAAUGUUAGCUCCAACUCGAGUGACAUGCCAAGCAAUAAUGCUUGUUUUAUUCCUCGUCUCCCAGUCUUGCCUGCAUCUACUCUCAAAUUCUGCCCAGUUGUAAUGACUCAGACCCUUUGUGGGCAAGAGCCAAAAGUAAUGGGGGUCUUUGUGUGAAUUUCUUCUACUCCCGCUCUCUUUUUGUUUCCCAUCAUGGACAACAUCUUUAAUCUGUAUGUAUUAAAUAAA